AUGGUUGUUGUAUGUGCCUCUAGUUGUUAUAAAUGGAUUGCAAUUGGAUGUUCAAGGACUACGAGUCAAUACAUUCUAGGGGUUGAGGAGUUCAUCGCAUGUGCAGUUUGUUAUCAGUUGAAGAAUGGUGACGAGUCAAUACUUUGCCCUUGUUCUAAUUGUGAUUGUUCUAGGAGGUUUUGUAAUGUUGAUAAGAUUAGGGAACAUUUAGUUCGUCAUGGCUUUAGGUUGAACCAUACAAGGUGGAUAUGGCAUGGCGAGAGUGUUAACCAUGGGGAGUGCAAUAUUAACUAUGGGCACUCAGGAAGCACCUUCGGUGGUGAUAAUGAUAUCCACGAUGACGAUAAUGGUAGCGAUGAUAUGGAUAAUGAUGAGAUGGACUACGUUGAGUAUGAUGAGAUAAAUGAGAUGAUGCAGGAUGUAGAAGACUAUCUUAAUGAUCAAUCUAGUAUGUAUGAGACUUUAUCGAGUGCUGCGAGCAAGCCAUUGUAUCCUGGUUUCUCUAAGUAUAGCAUCUUAUCUGCUAUGUUGAAGUUGUAUAAUAAGAAAGCAAAAUACAACUGGUGUGAUAAGAGUUUCACUUCUCUAUUGGAAUAUUUGAAAGAUAUGUUUCCGGAAGGGAAUGAAAUUCCGAUAUCUAACUAUCGAGCAAAAAAGAUGCUUUUUCCUAUGGGUAUUGAGUACCAAAAGAUACAUGCAUGUCCGAAUGAUUGUAUAUUGUAUCGGAAAGAGUAUGAAGAUCUCCACAAGUGUCCAAGAUGUGGGUUAUCGCGCUACAAGCGGAAGAAAGUGGAUGGUACACCAGAUGAGAAAGGACCUCCAGCAAAGGUGUUGUGGUAUCUUCUGAUAAUACCAAGAUUUAAACGUUUGUUUGCGAAUAACAAGGAAGCAAAGAAUUUAAGGUGGCACGAAGAAGGGAGAAAGAAAGAUGAAUAUCUUAGACAUCCCGUCGAUUCUCCACAAUGGAAGAAUUUUGAUGAGAAGUUCGACGAUUUCGGUAAGGAAAUGAGAAAUUUAAGGCUCGGUCUUUGCACGGAUGGAAUGAACCCUUUUGGCACACUUAGGCCAAAACAGUCAGGAAAUGAUAUUGAUGUUUACUUAGCACCACUUAUUGAUGAUUUGAAAGUUCUAUGGAAUGAAGGUGUUCCCGUGUUUGACUCUUACACCGAAAUAAACUUUACUUUGCGUGUUAUGAUAUUUUGUACUGUGAAUGAUUUUCCGGCAUACGGAAACUUAUCGGGUUAUAUUAACAAGGGAGAAAAAGCAUGUCCAAUUUGUGAAGAUGAUAUGGUGGGAGAGUACUUAGAAUAUUGUAAGAAGAACAUAUAUUGUCAUACUCGUAGGUUGUUACCUCUUGAUCACCCUUAUCGAAAGAAGAAAAAACCGUUCAAUGGGAAAACAAAGGUUCGAGUUUCCCGUCCUCCUCUUUCUGGAAGUGAGGUGUACGAGCGGGUCAAAGAUAUCAACACAGUCUACGGAAAGCCUUACAAGGCUAUAAAAUGA